ACUUCCUCAAGUUAUUUCCAUUUGUUUGUGGCAAACACCAGCAGUUACCUAGUACCUUACACACCAAAGAAAACGUUACUAUUCUUACUUAUAAUAUAUCAGGGCGUAAACGGCAUCACUUUUGUUUUGUCAAUUCUGCUGUACCCUGAAAUUAUGUACGAAAGAUAGACGCUGAUGCGUUAGCGAGAGAAAAACAGGGAAACGUGAGCAGAAGUAGUUUGUCGGCUAACGUUAGCUAGCUAGUAUAGGUUAAUUGGCCACCUAUUGUUAGCUGACUGGUUCCCGGUAUCGUUUUGUUUGUGUAGUGCUAACGUUGGGUAAGCCUCACAAUUUUGGACUGAUGGAGUGCCCUCAUCUUGGCUCAAACGUGAGCUGUCCUCUUGAUACCUCCAGGCUUCCUAACGGGACUCCGUCCUCCUGGUGCUGCAGCGUUUGCAGGUCCAAUAAAAGUCCUUGGAUUUGUCUCACCUGUCUGAUGGUCCAUUGUGGAAGAUAUGUCAAUGGACAUGCGAAGAAACACUUUGAAGAGAGCCAAGUUGUUGUCAUUAGCCAAAAGAAGAGCGAGAAACAGGAGAAAGAGAAAUCCCAUCAUUCCGUAUGCAUGGACUGCAGCAACUACAGCGUAUUCUGUUACAGAUGUGAUGAGAUUGUUGUAAAUGACACCAAACUCGGGCAUGUGCAGAAGGUGAGGGAGCAUCUGCAGGGUUUAGAAAACUCAGCACUGAUGGGUGAUAGACAGAGGAAACGGAAACUUCAGGAAAGCCUGGCUCCAGACAGCAAGUUGUUAAAAGACAAUAACGGCCUGGCUUUGGGUGCUACAGGCCUGCGGAACUUGGGCAACACGUGCUUCAUGAAUGCCAUCCUGCAGUCCCUCAGCAACAUCACACAGUUCAGCUGUUAUUUCAAGGAGUUGCCUGCAGUGGCUCUACGCAGCGGUAAGACAGCAGGAAGAAGGAUGUACCACACCCGAAGCCAAGGGGACAACACUGUGUCUUUGGUGGAGGAGUUCAGGAAAACCCUUUGUUCCCUGUGGCAAGGAAGCCAGACUGCCUUCAGUCCGGACUCCUUAUUUUAUGCUAUAUGGAAAAUCAUGCCAAGUUUCAGGGGCUAUCAGCAGCACGAUGCUCAUGAGUUCAUGCGGUACCUGCUGGACCAUCUCCACAGGGAGCUCCAGUGCGGUCGCAACGGGGCGUCCCACCCAGUCUCUCCUCAGGAGGGGGUCAGACUCUCCACUGCUGAGGGCAAAUGCUGCAUAAAUGGGACUGCCAGUGUUGUCACAUCCAAUUUUGGUGGCAUACUUCAGAAUGAGGUGAACUGCCUGAUAUGUGGAACCGAAUCUAGGAAAUUUGAUCCAUUUCUAGAUCUAUCUUUGGACAUUCCAAGUCAGUUCAGACAAAAGAGAAGUAAGGACCAGGAGCCGGGGCCAACCUGCACUCUUCGUGACUGUGUACGUAGCUUCACUGACCUGGAAGAGCUGGAUGAAACGGAGCUGUACUACUGCCAUAAGUGUAAGAAGCGACAGAAAUCCACUAAGAAGUUCUGGAUCCAAAAGCUGCCAAAGGUUUUGUGUCUGCACCUCAAGAGGUUCCACUGGACGGCCUUUUUGAGAAACAAGGUGGAUACCUAUGUGGAAUUUCCCCUGAAGGGCCUGGACAUGAGGGGCUACUUACUUGAGCCAGAGAGUGCAUCAGCAGACAGCUGCCUGUAUGAUCUUGUUGAUGUCGUAGUGCACCAUGGAUCUGGGGUCGGAUCAGGACAUUAUACAGCAUAUGGCAGCCACGAGGGCCGCUGGUACCACUUCAACGACAGCACAGUGACUCUGACCAAUGAGGAGACAGUGAGGAAGGCCAAGGCCUACAUCCUGUUCUAUGUGGAGAGGACUGGACAGGUGGCCUCAGAGAAGAGGGACAGCAGCAAGCCUGCUGCAGAGACAGCGGUUAUUGACAGCGGACCUUCAGAAGCAGUGGCUCAGGACAAGGUCACAUCAGACAUGGUUCUGAUGGAUGCAGCCGCCUCAGACAUGAAGACAGAGGACUUGGAGGCCCGGGAUAAUGCUGUGUUGGAAAAUGUUGGCGAAGAAAUGGCUGAGCUGGCCUCAAUAGAGGCACAUAAUACCUCAGACAAGGCUGCAACAGAGGAGGCCAGCCAAGCUAUUCAAGCUGUCGCACAAUGAUUUUGUCACAAGACUUUUUACCAUAGCUUCACCUCAAUCACAUUUCUCACAGUGCUUGAUUUUAAAUAGUUAAUUUUCACAUUUUAUGAAUGUGUAACUUUUUUUUGCAUGAUUGCAUCUUGUUUCAUUUGCUGCUUUGGUUUCGUUUAGACCUUUUUGUGUUAAUUUCCUUGACGUUGUAUUCCACAGUUGAGGUAGACUCUUCUGUGUUAUAGAUUCCAAAGGUGAUGAAGUUAAGCUGUAGCCUUUAAAACCUCACUUGGUCCAAUGUUUAGCCUAGACUGAAGAGAUUGGAUGUGUCAACACACUGUCAUUGUCAAUAUUUGGAGUUUCUAUUUUUUUAAGUUUCUAAUUUUGUUAUUUCCAUCACUUAAAAUCUCGUAGUUCUGUUUUCAGUUAUUAGGAGAGAUUUUAGGAUAUAGAAUGCAAUGCAUUUGUUGACUCAGAAGUGAUUAUGUAGGCUUUAGAACAGGGGUGUCCAAACUUUUUUUCACCGAGGGCCACAUACAGAGAAAUACACGGAGAACUGGGCCACUUAUAGAGGUGAAUAUUGCCUCAAAAGUUAAGUCAUAAGUUAGCAAAACAGAUCAAAUGUAGGUGAAUAAUGCGCGAUACUUGAAAAUGCUUUAAGAAAAAAGUGUCUUUAGGGUUUCAUUUAUUUAGUUGGCAGCUCAUUCCUUAAAACAGAAGCCUCAGAUUGCUGAUAAUAAGAGUAAAUAUGAAGGUUCAAUUCCAUGCUUGUUAGGGAAAUAAGUUAUUGGGUUUUUUUUUAUCAACUAAGAUUUGUUAGAAAAUGUUUAAAAUUUUAAAUGACUGAAUUUAUUUGAAAAUUGGGCUCAUUAAUAUAUAUGAACAUAUAUAUUUGAGAAGUACAAUAUAAGACAAGCAAAAGUUUAAUUUGUGGGCCAUAUUGCAUUAUAGUUUUAGAAUUAGCAGAGGGCCGAUUCAAAAUGGCCUGCGGGCCGCAUUUGGCCCCCGGGCCGUAGUUUGGACACCACUGCUUUAGAAGGUUGUUUUAACUUCUCCACCAGAAGCAUUGUAAGAGAAAGGAUAAUGUUUGUCUGUAUUGUCGUUUGGAGUAUAAUUUAACAUUUUAUGUUGAUCUGAAAUUGACUUAAAAACAUGACCUGAUUACAUUUACUUUUAUAACAUGUAUCAUGUGAACAUGAUGAAAUACAUUGGAGAAUCUUUUUCAAAA